AUGUUUACUUCUAGCAUCCUCGCUGCUUCGGCGGCGCUCAUCAGUACAGUGGCCGCAUAUGCCAACCCGGGGGCUUGUUCCGGCGACUGUUGGACUCACGAUCCGGCCGUGAUCCGCCGCAGCGACGGCACUUACUUCCGCUUCAGCACAGGCAACAAGAUCGGGGUCUAUUCAGCCCCCGCGCUAUCAGGUCCCUGGACGCUGAAGGGCUCUGCCGUCCCUGCUGGAUCUUCCAUCAACCUCAAAGGGAAGGACGAUCUAUGGGCACCUGAUGUCCAGCUCAUCGACGGCACGUACUACUUGUACUAUUCGGUCUCGUCCUUUGGUUCUCAAGACAGCGCAAUCGGCUAUGCCACGUCCAAAACCUUGGAUUCCGGCAGCUGGACAGACCAUGGCUCCACGGGCGUCAGCUCUUCUUCCGGGAAGGCCUACAAUGCCAUCGACGCCAACGUUUUCGUGACUUCAGAUGGUAAGAAGUACAUGAAUUUCGGCUCGUUCUGGUCGGACAUCUACCAGACGCCCCUGAACUCGGCCGGCACCAAGAGCUCUGGCAACCCCACUCAGAUCUCGUUUACAUCCAGUGGCACUCACGCCCGUGAAGGCGCCUUCAUGUACUCUCGAGGUGGCUAUUACUACCUGUUCUGGAGUGAGGGCCAGUGCUGUGGAUAUGACUCGUCCAAACCUGCCGCGGGCAAGGAGUACAAGAUCAUGGUCUGCCGAUCCACAAGCCCUACUGGUGGUUUCGUUGACAAGACUGGUGCCUCGUGCACCUCAGGCGGUGGCACAGUUGUCCUCGAGAGCCACGGCAACGUGUACGGUCCUGGCGGACAGGGUGUAUUUGCCGAUCCGAAGUAUGGCGCAGUGCUCUACUACCACUACGUCGACACCACCGUCGGCUAUGCAGAUGGUAACAAGAAGUUCGGAUGGAACACGAUCAGCUGGUCAACUGGCUGGCCUGUGGUUUAA